GUGCUGCUUUUAGUCUUCAUCGCGAGGUAGCACAACAAACAACGGCCAACCGGUGGUCGCGACGCAGAAAACAACGUGGGGCACCUCGCUCGAGAUUCGCACUGUUUGCGUUUUCGCCAUAUUACCCCCGUUCACCCCUUUGGAGGGAACUCCGCUUUUUUAUCAGUGAUUCCCGAUAUCAACCAGAACAGAGUUCUACAGCCAACGGCGGCGCGCGGUGGGUACAUAUUUGAACAAUCGAAUGCUGCACCGUUCAACAUGAAGCCAAAAAUAUAUAGCCAGCGCACCGCGGUAAAAUUGAAGCUGAGACAGAAGUAGAUUUGUCUCAUCAAAACGGGAUUUCGAUUUUUACCAUAUAAAAUGCGCGACACGAGGCAGCGAUAGGCAAAGUGUAGCCAUUCUUCGGCUAAUCCGGGUUCCUUCGGUAGUGAAGCACUAGCACAAGUUUCCGCGAGAGCAGUUGAAGAAAUACAGUCAGUGACCAGUAGUGUCUAGAGCAAUUCAGGAAGCAGAGGAGUUUGUCCAAUACUUGCAGUACCCUCCCCGGAUCAAUCAAUCGAGAACCGUUAGAACGUUGUCUCCGAAUCCAUCCGGAGCCCCCGGAACUGGCGCUUUACCGUUCAACUCGUAAAAACGUCUAGCAGCCAAGCUGUAUCCAGCCGCACAGCUGACCGCCUGAGAGAACAAGGAAAAAGCGAGAGUGCCACUCGAUUGGGCAUUAGUUGUCGAUCGUCAUCGGCAACGUGAACACACUACUUCAUCACUACAAGUCUAGUCUAGAGAUCUCGUGAGAGCGAGCCGGCGGCUAAGGGGCACGUACACUUAGCUCAGCUUGUGUACGGCGGAGUGGUCAGUUGUUAUUCAUCAUUAUCGACUGACGACGCAAGUUCUUAUCGGGAAAGAACCUUUCAACUACACUCAAGACUGCGGGGUAUCGCUUCGUGAUUGUUUCGGAUCAUUUGCCGCUGCAUUCGACGGCCAGUCAAUCAGUGAUUGGUCACGCGUUCGACAGCAAACUUCGCGACGCGUGAUCCACCUACAACGAAGAGUACGCGAGUGAUCGAGAGUUUCCGAGAAGUGGAGACUGGUGUAUUGUGCAAGUGAUCGCGUUCUAAGCUAGAAGAAGGGCAGGGCAAAAGUGGUGUUGUUAACAAAUCCGCGAUCGAGAUCGAUCGAAAACAAAAGUGUGAUUCCUAGACAACUACAGUUGACGAGAUUCGUGGUUUUGCGAAACUUGGUUUCUACCAGACUGAAAUCUGCGCGUUGCGUUGCAUUGUGUUCGAGGUUUAUUGAACAAGAGGACAUCUCCCGCCCCGGUGAACUCCAAGAUAGCAUGCUGAACCAGAAGGGUGGAGUCGGAGGUGGAGGCGCUACGGACGGCAGCAAUGGCAAGAUGAAACCGCAGUACAACGAGUUGUCCUAUCUGGUGACGAGGCAGUGUCUGCAGCAGGAGGAGUUCAAUCAGCUAUCGCAGUACGAUAGGGAGAAAGGCGCACCAAUCGACACUCUCAAGAACGCCUUUCGUGGUUGCAACCCCUUCUCAUCACUGCUCAACUUCAUUCCGAUCCUGCAAUGGCUACCCAAGUACCACUGCAAGACCGACCUACUGGGAGACAUCACUGCCGGCAUCACUGUAGCGGUCAUGCAGAUACCUCAGGGAAUGGCCUACGGCCUAUUGGCCGGUGUGCCAGCCAACGUCGGCCUCUACAUGGCCUUCUUCCAGUGCUUGGUGUACGCGGUGUUCGGCACAUCGCGACACAUCUCAAUGGGCACCUUUGCCGUCGUAAGUCUGAUGACGGCCAAAGUGGUGACCACCUACGCGACACUGCCUCCCAUAGGAUCGGCGACGUGGAAUGCAUCGUUCGCUGAACCCUCUGUGAUAGAACCCUCCGAUGAUCCUCAGUACACACCCAUCCAAGUGGCGACGGCCGUAGCCUUCGUGUGCGGGAUCUACCAUUUUCUGAUGAGCGCGUUACGACUGGGAACGCUCUCAUCCCUACUUAGCGAACCGCUAGUGAGCGGCUUCACAACGGCGGCCGCUGUACAUGUGCUGAUCAGUCAGCUGAAAGACCUGCUGGGGGUGUCGAUUCCCCGCUACAAGGGUGCCUUCAAGAACAUCUUCUCGGUGCGGGACAUUGUCGAACAGGUGCCGAACAGUAAUCUCACGGCCGUCUACACGUCGACUAUCGUGAUAUUGUUUAUGAUCUUUAUGAAUGAAUAUCUGAAGCCGCGGGCGUCCAACUGGUGCCGGUUGCCAAUUCCGGCUGAGCUGCUGGUAGUCGUCGGCGGAACGGUCGCUUCGUACUUCAUCGGGCUGGGACCGAAUUUUAACGUGACGCUGGUGGGCUCCAUCCCGGUCGGUCUCCCAGCACCGGAAAUGCCACCACUUGCGCUGCUCCAAUUGGUCGCCGUCGACGCCAUUGCCAUCGCCAUAGUCAGCUACUCGAUCGUCAUGUCCAUGGGGCUGAUCUUCGCCCAGAAGGAAGGCUACGAGGUACGCGCCAAUCAGGAACUGAUCGCCAUGGGUGCAACCAACAUUGUUGGAUCUUUCUUCUCGUGCAUCCCGACGGCGUGUUCCCUGUCCCGGUCGCUUAUCCAGCAUCAGGCCGGAGGAAAAACUCAGAUCACUGCCGUUGUUUCAUCGCUUCUGAUUCUAGUAGUGUUGCUCUGGAUUGGACCGUACUUCGAAUCUCUACCGCGGUGCGUGCUGGCGUCGAUCAUCUUCGUCGCACUCAAGGGCAUGUUGUGGCAAGUGCAGCACAUUAAGAAGUUCCAACGGGAGGGAUCGCUGGAGUUGUUGGUGUGGUUGAUCACCUUCCUGAGUGUAGUGAUCAUCGAUAUCGACAUCGGACUACUGAUUGGGGUGGUCUUUUCGUUGGUGGCGCUGUACAUCAAAGGGUGGAAGUCGUACUACAGCUUGCUGGGAACGGUUCCCGAUACGGGAAUUUACGUAGAUCUGGGAAGUCAUCACCGGGCGGAGGAGGUACCGCACAUCAAAAUCUUCAAGUAUUCGGGAGCGAUCAACUUCGCUAGUCGAGCUACCUUCAAGAAAGCACUGACCAAGGAGGUUGGAGUCGACCAGCGUUUAAUUAGACGAGCUUCCCAAUAUGAAGCGGCUGGAGAGGGAGCUGGGCUUCAACUCAUCAAGACGUUGAUUAUCGAUUUGUCGAGCGUACCCCACAUCGAUACUUCCGCUUGCAAGAUGUUCAGCGAGGUAAAGAAAGACAUGGGAACGGUUGGCGUGAGCACGUUGAUAGCCUGUCCAGCGGAUUGCGUGUAUGACACACUUCUGCACGCAGAAUCGAUUGGCGAGGGCGGCUUCCACAUAUUCCCAACGAUACACGACGCUGUACUGUACGCGCAAGGAUCGGCGUCUACGGUAUAAGACGAAUUGGAUCCGCAGAUCCAAGAUAGAUGUGAUUGUGCCAAAGAGUAGAUGCUUCGAUGCCUAGCAUAAUUGCACGAACGUGAUGCACGUGGGUGUCAGGUAUUAGUGAGUGCAGCAAGUCAGUUGUAGUAAGUAGUUAAUAGCCAUACCGAAUAUUAUGUGCCUUCUUGCAAGGUGUCACCCUUGAAUUAGACGACAGGGAAGACGCACCUAGACAAACUAGCAGCAGAAAUUUAUGGGUAGCGUAGUACUUAAGGACAACUAUUGAACAAACAAUGUGUAGGAAAGAACAAAUUCGUAACGAAAAACCACACAAAUGAUAUCUCUCACAGAUUGAACUGUAUAUCUCGUUAGAACGAAAAAGCCAUAGAGUUAAGUUAGUCUAUCAAUUUUCUAUUUCGUUUUAUUUUGGUCAAACUUAAGUUUUAGACCGAACUGUAGUCUUUGUUUCUUCUCUGUUUUCCUUGAAUCCUUUCGAUUCUACAUAUCUCCGAAGCCACUACGCAUCACAAUAACUCACCACCUAAAACCGUCUGUGUAUCAUAUGUAUCUCUGACAAUAUUUAUUGUGAAUAAAAUGUUACUUAUUUCUA